CUCUCCCACUCGGAACACCCUGCUCAGUGCUCUACGUACAGUCCUCGCAGGCAGGAACUCUCCUCAAUAACUUUAUCGCUAUUGCGAACCUUCUAAACAACCACAUGGCUCUCUCUCCCGAGCAUGCCCAGAUGAGUGCGACUGAACUCCGAGUCGGGACUCCCGACAUCCUCCCUGUGGAUAUGCAGCCCAUUUCGAAAGAGACUCCCGCGCACAGCAAAAUACCUGUCUCUGCACCGGGUGCCGCUGAAGUCGUCGAGGAACCCUGCCCAGACGCUGAUCACUUAACUCAGGCGACGUCCAAAUCUCUGACCUCCGAAAAACGCAAGGCAUCGGACGAUGCCUGCAAGGAGCAGGCUAAAAAGCACAAGGGUAUGGAAAACCAAGACGUAAGAACCGUUCAAGUAAGCGCAUAUAGUCUGCUCAGGUUGAGCCACAUUUACGCAUCUCGUCUGUAGGAUUCGGAUGACGAUGACUCUUCAUCCAAUGAGUCGGAUGACGAUGAUACUUCAUCCUCAUCCUCAUCCUCAUCCUCAUCCGAUGAGUCGGACGAUGACUACAGCGGAGUGCUCGGAAGGCAUGUUGAAUCAUCUGAUGAUGAUACUCCCUUGGUGAAGAUGGCAGUGAG